AUGGCUGUACGAGUGCAGCCAGCCAGGCGCAACAUCGUCUCACCUGCCACCUGCAUCGAUGGAUACUCAUGGAUGGACGACAGUCGGGGCUACUCGCCUUGUCUUACGGUCGCUUAUGUAGAGGGUGCGUGCACUGGGAACAACUACAACCAGCCAGUCCUAACCAGCGGCUAUUCGUACUCAUUACCAAAUUCUUCGACUGCCAAUCCUUGCUACUGUUCUUGGUCGUCCUAUAAUCUCAUGAUGGCCUGCACUAUAUGCCAAAAAGUUAAUAAUAGUGCUGUCUGGAGGCAAGUCAUCCGUCUUUUGGCCUCAGUGGGCAUCGGAUGCGCCACGAACCAAUCAUGGGCACAGGAAUAUUUCCCUUCUGGAUAUGUACUUGCUGGAGAUGCGUCCAUACCUUAUUGGGCUACUACUAAUCCGUCAACAUGGACAUACGAGAUGUUCAAUACACCAGAAGCGAACGCCACUUAUCAAAAGAACUCUUCUAGCAUCACUCCAGCCAAUUCAAGCUCGAGCUCGUCGUCUAGUAGUUCAAGCUCGAAAUCAACAGACGUGGGUGCGAUAGUUGGUGGCACCCUCGGAACCUUGACUGCUCUCUCACUUUUUGCCGUCGGAGCCUAUCUACUGUACAGACGCCGCAUGUACAGGAAAGGAGUUUACGCCUCUGUCGUCAACCAGCAGCCAUUCGUAAACAGAGGCGACGGCGCGGCAACUCGCAUGACACCCAAUCGUUUUCCGCCCGAUCCAUCCAACUUUUCUCAGUCGUCGUUCGGCUCUCCUGUGUUGUAUGGGCAAUCCACGUCUUCGUUGCAAUAUGGGACCGUGUACUCUCCACAGCCCCAGACGGCUUACCCCUCUCUGCGAGGUUCAUUCACACCUCCGCCGCGGACGGUUACUACGUCUCUCCACACUACACACAGCAGGCAACACUCCAAUACCAUGCCAAUGGUUUAAGCAAGGUGUUUCCGGCCUUGGACUGUCGGAUGCACUGACGUGGACUUUUUAUGUGCUAGUGCCGUCUUCUCGCAAUCUUGCACAUCUUGGUAUGACGCACAAAAUACAGGCA